AACUCUACUUACCAGGUGAACGACAAUAACGAGAAUUUGUCAUGGCAAGCAAUAGGCUAUGCUGGACCUGAUCCAGAUCAUUCAUCAACACAGAAUGACGAUACAGACAAAGCAUUUGGACCCCUCUAUGAGGGCAUUAUUGAUCUCGCACGCCCACCAGACAUAGUUGCUGAUGAUUUGAGACGAUUUGGUUUCACCGUCCGUGUUCAUGGACAGAAAUUCAAGCUCCCAGAGUUAGCUGUAGACCCUUCCAUGAUUAUCGGAUGUGAUGCAGUUGUCGUCGGUUCCGGCUCUGGUGGUGGUGUAGUCGCCGGAGUUCUUGCAAAUGCAGGUUACAAAGUCCUUGUAUUGGAGAAAGGAAAGUAUUGUGCAAGAAGAAAUCUUUCUCUUCUUGAAGGACCUGCCAUGCAAGAAAUGUAUCUGUCUGGAGGUCUGUUAGCAAGUGAUGAUCUUGGCAUGGUGGUGCUUGCAGGAUCUACUGUUGGUGGAGGCUCUACUAUCAACUGGUCAGCUUCUGUAAAAACUCCAGCUCAUGUAAUCAAAGAAUGGUGUGACGAGUAUGAACUGGAGCUUUUUGACAGUGACUUAUACAGAGAAGCUAUUAAUGUAGUAUGUGAAAAGAUGGGUGUUCAAUCCGAAAUCCAAGAAGAAGGAUUCAACAAUGAAAUUCUGAGAAAAGGGUGUGAAGAAUUAGGGUACGAUGUGGAGAACAUCCCUCGGAAUUCCCCACCUGAUCAUUACUGUGGAUGGUGUUGUUUUGGCUGCAAAGAUGGAAGAAAGCUUGGUGUAUCAGAAACAUGGCUUGUGGAUGUUAUGAAUUCAGGCCAUGGUGCAAUCCUUCCCGGUUGUGAAGCCAUACAAGUUCUACAAGCAAGGGAAAAAGGAAAAAAAAAAGGAAUAGCAGUUGGUGUUGCUUUUGAAUUCCAACAGAAAGGUGAAAAACAAAUCUGGAUUGCAGAAGCUAAGGUGAUUGUUAUAGCCGGUGGAGCUCUUUGUACUCCCCAUUUACUAAAGAAGAGUGGUCUAAAAAACCCUAAUAUUGGUAACAAUCUACAUCUUCAUCCAGUAACAAUGGCAUGGGGACACUUCCCCCAUUAUCACUAUAAGAAAGCCUAUGAAGGAGGGAUCAUGACCGCCAUGUCUAAAGUUGUUGCAGGCUCUGAGAAAUCUAAGUAUGGAGCGUUGAUACAAACACCAGCUCUUCACCCUGGAAUGUUUGCAGGACUAAUGCCGUGGAUCUCAGGCACUGAUAUAAAAGGCAGAAUGUGUAAAUUUUCCAAGACUGCCCACAUAUUUGCAUUGGCUAGAGAUAAGGGAUCAGGAACUGUGAAAUCCCCCAAUUCAAUUAGUUACAAAAUGGAAGAAGAAGAUGAGAUGAACCUAAAGAAAGGAGUGGAGAAGGUAUUGAGAAUUCUGGCAGCUGCUGGGGCUGAAGAGAUUGGCACUCAUCAUUGCAAAGGAAAGACAUUAAAGGUAAAGCAAGCAAGCUUGGAUGAGUUUGAAAAGUUUGUGAAAGAUGAAAGUUCAAGGGCAUUGAGUGACUUGUCCACACCUAUAUGUUCAGCUCAUCAGAUGGGCAGCUGUCGAUUAGGCGUCGACCCGAGGACAUCGGCAGUGAAACCCAGUGGAGAGACGUGGGAAGUCGAAGGGUUGUUUGUUGCAGACGCUAGUGUUCUCCCUACUGCUUUGGGUGUCAACCCCAUGGUCACUGUGCAGGCAAUAGCCUAUUGCAUUACCCAAUCUGUGCUUGACGUUCUCAGGAGAAAAAAACGUGAAUAAGGACUUAAGUUUAGUGAGAUAUUUACUUUUACUUUUUUAUUUAUAUGUAUAAAUAAAAUUUAUAGAUUUUAUAUCUGUAGUUUCUUUCAUGCACAAGUAACUUCGAAGAAA